AUGGCGGCAGCUAGGCUGCAGAGAUGGGCCUUGAUUCUAUCGGCAUAUGAUUUGGAGGUUAGGUACCGGAAGGGAGUGGAUGUCCCUCAUGCUGAUGCGUUGUCUAGGCUACCCUUCGCAGAAGCGGAACCUAUAGAGCUGGAUGCUAAUUUUGUUCCACAUGUAGAUAUUUGUACAGAAGUGAUGAACAAUUUCUGUGUUGUCAAGGACAUUGCACCUAUUACUGCCUUGCAUAUAGGUAAAAUGACGGAUAAGGAUCCGAUUCUUUCGAAGGUCCGAGAUUUUGUGAUGUACGGCUGGACGAGCUUGGUUGAGCCGGAACUAGCCAUUUUUCUAAGGAAGAAGGACGAGUUGUCCGUGGAACAAGGUUGUUUGCUUAGGGGUUCUCGUGUAGUGAUUCCAAAGAAACUGUAUUCAUCUGUGCUUCAAAUGUUGCAUGAUCAACACCCGGGAGUUACACGCAUGAAGAUGCUGGCUAGAAGUUAUGUCUGGUGGCCAGGCAUGGAGAAGUCGAUUGAAGACGUGGUGGCCCACGUCAGUUAA